AUGCGUUACUCAGAGAUCCUCGCCCUGGCCAUGGGCAACUUGGCCGCGGCUCAGUUCAACACCAUGACAUUCUCCAACAGCACUACCGCUCCUUUCGAGACCGGUACUGCCACUGACACCGAGACUGGCACUGCUACCACCGGUACAGCUGCUGAGACCACUACCGCUGCCGGUGGUAUUGGAAACCCUGAUGGCUUCAACUUCCUCGGCUGCUUUUCCUCCGAGAACGGCUUUCCCGGUUUCUCUCAGGCUUAUUCCAGCGAGGACAACGACGCCGACCUGUGCGCCAUCUCUUGCUUGGGCUCCAACUUCUUCGGUCUUUACGACAACACCUGCUACUGUGGUGACACUCUUGACCUCAGCACCUCUCCUUCCAUUGCCACUGACCAGUGUGACAUUGCUUGCCCUGGCGAUGAUUCCCAGAACUGUGGUGGCCUCUCUGGCGAUGCUCUCAUGCGUCGACAGGUCUCGGUCAACGUCCUUCUCUCCAUUUACGUCGCUAUCGGCGUGAACCCUGGUGAGACUGACACUGUCAUCAACACCGACUUCGUCACCGAGACUCUCCCCGUCGAGACCACCACUGCCACCGUCACCUUCACCGAGGACGGCACCACUUCCACUGCCACUGUCACCCAGGUCAUCCCCAUCAUCCCCACCAACGUCAUCAUCAUCUGCUACGGCAACUACUGUGCUCCCCAGGUUCACUGCCCUACCUGCACUAAGUGGCAGAUUGUCUGCCACGAUGGUCUCUGCGCUCCCGAGGAGUGCUACGACGACACAUGGCACCAGCUCAAGAUCUGCAACAGCGGAAAGUGCCACUACGCCUCGUACGAGAAGGAGGAGUGCAACCAGCGCAUUGUCUGCUACGGCAACAAGUGUGAGCGUGACCAGCACUACUCUGUCGACUACGCUCGCAAGUUCGUCUGCGAUGUCGAUGAUGACCGAUGGUACUUCGAUGACUGCAAGGACGACUGCUACACCUACGAGAAGUGCUCUCACGGCGAGUGUGAGCCCGUCCACCCUCCCGUCCACCCCGUCCCUGCUCCUCACCCCAAGCCCAUCGGCAAGCCCCCGGUUGUUGUCGUCCCUGAGCCUGAGCACCCUGUCAAGCCUGUCCACCCCGUUGCCCCCAAGCCCGAGCACCCUGUUGCUCCCAAGCCCGAGCACCCUGUUGCUCCCAAGCCCGAGCAUCCCGUUGCUCCCAAGCCCGAGCACCCCGUUGCUCCCAAGCCUGAGCAUCCCGUUGCUCCUAAGCCUGAGCCCGGGCACCCUGCCCCCGAGCCUGAGCACCCUGUUGCUCCCAAGCCUGAGCACCCCGCUCCCCCUGCCGAGACUGGCUCCAGCGAGAAGCCCCAAAAGCCUGAGGAGCACCCCGUCGUUACCGCCGGUGCUGCCCAGAAGACCUUUGCCGGUGUGGCCGCUGCCAUUGCCGGUUUCGCUUUCCUCCUGUAG